GUUUCUGAAAAGACACUUUCUACCUGCAUGGUGCACCAUGCGGCUUUCAUGGCCUCCAUCCGGAAAUGCCUUUGUUCCUCGUUGGUCUGGCGGUGGCGGCUCAGGCCUCUGGACCUCGCAACGACAGCUACCUUGCGAACCUCGCCGACACGAGGCGUGCCCUCGACAGAUCCGCUGAGACGCUGGUGAGACAGGAGAGGAAGCUUCAGGAGGUGCAGCAAUCAGAGAUCAUUCCAGAAGCGGGUUGGAGCUUUCCAUUGGGAACCCGCUUAGCCUUCACCAGUGGCUUGGAGGACUUUGUGUUUGGGAGCGGGGCAGCUGCUCUGGACACCCUGACCCUGCUUGCCGGCUUCAGGUACAGCAUGGUGUCCAUUUGGGUGACCGCGGAGUUCAAGUUCGGCUUGGACCAUGCCCUGGCGGUCCUGAAGUUGGCCUCUGCCAGCGUGAGCCGAGACACCUGCGACAGGAACACCUACGAUGUCUCAAUGGACCUGGUGCGAUCCUCCUUGCUUUCCCAGUCUGCGAUCUAUGAGCCAUCGGUCUUGGCAGAUGGAAGGUUGUUGCAACUGAUGACUCUGACAUCUGAUGCAACUGUGAUUGGCCAGCAAGUCUUGUUUCCGCACAUCUCCUUCAUGCACGGCGGUUACUACCAGCUUUGCUACAGCCCGGAUGGCACUAUGGAUGAGACUCUCAAUGCCUUAGUGCCCGUCCGCAUCCGGGUCAUUGGGGUUGCCUCAGAGUGCCUGGGAAACGGUUGCCUUGCCAGAGAGAGAUGGGAUUGCUUCGUGUCCUAUCGGGGCGAGGCUGCGAGCGUUUGCAUGGUGGACUUCAGAACGUUCGGAGGUGGCAGGCCUGGAUGGUCCGUGGAGUCGGCCACCUACAGCAAAUCCGCCUGGAGCGCCCUGUGGGGCAGCGACAGCUAUGUGGCCGGGGUCUAUCAGCCUGGAGAGAUGAGGAAUUGUUCCGACGUGGCCACUGGGGAGUACAUCUCACCGGAACUGGAGAUCUUUGAAGCCUUCAACUGGGAGCCUCAAGAUAAGGUAGGCUUCAUCACUGAUCCCACCAACGCGCUGACGAUGCCCAAGUUGAAGGCCUCCAGGGCCACUGAGAGCUACUCACUUUCGAUCUGCUACUGUCCCAACUAUGAUGGCCCUGUCGAUGGCACCGCGGAGCCCUGUGAUGAGGCAUCGGAGUAUAUUCAGCCCGUGGGUGUGGUCCAUUACUGGCUGGUGCGAGUGUGCGAUGCGGAGAACGCGGGCGGCUGUGGCGUCGUGGUGGAGCCCUUCAUGCGGAUCUUGCCGCAGCAGCCGUUCUCGCUCCGGCUCCAGUGUCCCCCCGGCGGCACGAGCUGCAGUGGAACGGGCGAGAACCGUGUGAAGUUCCUGCCAGCCUAUUGCCCCUUGUGCUCGCUGAGCGCUGUGCCGGAACCGGUGCCCUUGUGGGACCCCGGCUCGCGCUGCCGCUCCGGCGACGACGAGAGUGAGCGCUUGGUCUAUCACCCCUUCCUCUACGACGAAUUUGGCGUCUUGAUCGACCCGGGUUUGUACCGUUGGGGGGGUGAUCGCCAAGACUACAAGUUCUGGGAAACUCCGAGCCUGGUCGGCAAACUCCCCAUGAGCGAUCGAUUGAUGGUGUGCUACUGUGACACUGAAUGUUGGAACUUCUACAACUUCUUCGAGGUUGGCGAGAUCCACCUGGCGGACUCCGCAGGGGUUGCCAGGUGGUCUAAAGCUCACGAAGACUUUCAGCUGAUCCAACCGAUCGAGCUGGUGGAAUAUCCCACCAAGGCCGGUGGCAUCACGCUCUUUGCUGGGAUUCGCUCCAACCUUUCGGAAGGCAUGCACCCCUAUGACAGCAUUCCGUGGCGGCGAAAAUCGAUCAUGAAGAUCCUGUCCUUGGACAACGCAGCGGAGCACCUGUCGAGCGAUGGAUCUCGAGUGACCUUGGAAGAACACCUGAACCUCCACCGCGAGCUCACGCCCGCGGGGCGACGUGGCCUCGACUUGGCGUGCGCCCACAACACCACGAGCCUCAACACGGUGAAUGGUCCGGACUCUAUCGAGGGCGCCAAGCAGUUUAUGGCUUUUGUGCCCACCGUUCCCGCGCAGUAUCUGCCCUUUACAGGCAGCGAGAACGAUCAGACCUUCCUCUUUCUAGAAGCGGGAACGUAUGCCGUGUGCUACUGCUCCUUUCUGGGUUCGGAUGAUGUGUGCGAAGCAGAAACUGGCUACAUUUGGGCUGCGACCAUCAUGGUGAAGGGCACGAAGAGGGACCAAAACGUGAUUUUGCCCACGAACUUCGUGGUGCGCAUCGACUUGGAGGGCUGGGGCUUCACCCCACAGGACUCAAUCAGGCUGAUCACCACCACGCAGACCUGCUAUGAGAACGCCUACAGCCCCAAGGGCGUUCUGAGCGGCUUUCGUUUGGGUUGUCCGGGGCUGGACGGGACCAGCUGUCGGCUGCCGGUGGUCGAGGAAGACAUCAAGGUGUAUCUCAUCUCUUCAGAAAGGACUGGGUUGUUGAUCGAGAGCAUCACCAUCCAGGAGACGAAGUCCAUCUUACAUUUCACUGGGGAUGUAACAGCGGAAGUCUUGGACGGGGAUCAGAUCACCCUGGAUGAGUCGACGAUCCUCCUGGACGGCCGUGGGCAGUUGUCAUGGACGGAUCACGAGAGGCAUAUUAUCUCCCAACUCUCCGGGUUCUAUGCCUUCGCCGAUGAGCCGCAAACCACGCGGAUGCUGUGGAACCGCGUCUCCCACGUGCCGGGGCAGCCGAAGCAGUUGAGCAUCCCUCUGGGCUGGCGUGAGGGUGAGAGGCCCGACGUCACGUUCCUGAACGGCCAAGGGGCAUGGCAUCGGCGGAACCGCCUGGAGACCGAGGAGGAGAUUUGGGCCGACCAGGCCGCACAGCUGAAGAUCUGUUGGGGCGCUUUGGAUGGACCAACGCAGGAGUACUACGGUGAGGCCGGGCAGUUGACCUUCACCACGCCCGAACUGAUGGCCGACGCGGGGCUCUACUUCACCAGCUUGGUGGGCGGCUCCGUGGCGCCCGUGAUCUUAUCCUGGACGCCCACGGAAGGUAAGCUUGACUACCGGCGGGACACGGCCAUCGUCUUGCGGAUCCUCUUUCAGGAGAUCCCACGGAAUCUGGAGCCCUUGACUGCCCAGGGCCUCGACAUGAGCCGGAACGAGUCCAUUAGCUCGGAGAUGAUGAGCCAGGCUGCCUGUGGCCGCUUAUUCCUGGAGAUGUGGACGAAUGAUGUGGGCGGCUUUCCGCUGCCCAAGGGCUGCUACUACGGGCAGCUGUACACCGAUGUCUCUGAGAACGGGCAGGAGAGGCCCUCGUAUCGCGAGUUCUUCAUCGAGUUCAAGCCGAGUCACCCCAUGAAGGACCAAUGCACUGGAGCAGAUGGGCGAAAGCAAAGCUGCGUCUUUCAGCUGGUCAUCAACAUGAGAGUGGAAGAAGACGAAUUUCAGCUCGAACGGGAAAUCGUGAGCCUUUACACGUUUUGCGCUGGACGCUCAGGCUACAGCACGAUUUGUGGGCCGAGGUAUAGCAUCAUCGAGUAUGGCGCGGUGAUCCCCCAGAGACGCAUCAAGGCGCCUCAAGCCAACCGCACCGAGCUCGCCCGCGUCGAGCUCUACCACGCAUCCACCGCGCUACAAGCAGGUCCACUCGGGCUCGGAGAAAGCGACGAGGCCUUGCAGCUGGAGGCCUCGGGGAGUUCCACACUGGGCUUGAGGGUCUUCGUCCGCGAUGGCGCCUAUCCCAUCCAACGGUCUGGACGGCUGCAGAUCAUCUUCCAGCCCUUGACGGUGUGGAGGCUGGCGGAAGGCCAGGGGCAAGGGUGCAACGCCACGUGCAUUGCUGCACCAGAGCUCACCUGUGUGGACGUCCGGGGGCUGAAUGAAGCGCAAUGUCAGCUGAAGGCGGUGGUCGAUACGAAACAGGUGAGAGAUGUUUUCAUGCAGCAGAACUUGUUGGAGAUAGAGUAUCCCAAUUUGAUGGAUGAAAUCCCGGACGAUCGCAUGGAUGAGGCUCAUAUGAUCGAGCUCAGGAGUUUGCGACUCCCCAAGGAGGGCUUCUUUCCCAUGUGCACCAUCGCGCAGUACCUGGAGCCGCCAGAUAUGCAGCCCUCGAUGCUUUUUGUGACGCCCUGCUUCAAGAAAGCGCCCUCCAGCGGAGCGACCACGGGCCAAAUCCUGGUGGACGGGCAAGCGGGCAAUGGCCCCAAGCCCUUCGCCUUCGAGGUGGGCAAUGAGAUCAUCGUGCGUCUCACCUUGGGGGCCACCUUGAGGAAUGUGCCACCUCCGGAUGAGGAGAACAUCACGGAGUGGACGGAGGAGGAACGAAAUCUCCAGCCAGCACAGAUCCAAGUCCUCUUGCCCAGUGGCUAUUUGUGCAGUGUGGUGGGCAAUGGCACCGCUGACCCGGAGGGCGUGAAGAGCUUUUUCCAGCAAGAUCUGAACGAUGAUGGCUGGAAGGACAAUCCGAUGAGCACCCUCUUUAGUGGGGAAUGGUCGUCGGAGGGCUCCAUGUGCAAGUACGCCUUGGAAGGCACUGCCGCGCUCUUCGCGAAUCAGUUCGCGGAUGUUCGCAUCUCCGUGCAGAACCCGCUGCGGCCGUUGCUGAAGGACGAUCCGUCCAACGUUUGGAGGAUCCAACUGGUGGCUUCCAACGGUGAGACUUUGGGAGGCCCAGCUCAGUUCUUGUCACUGGAGGAGGAGAAGGCGCUGCCUGGAUGGGUCGGCAACUUAGCGGUCUUGGGCACCUUGGAGGGUGAGGUGAUCCAACCCAGCAACUUCUCAGAGAACGGGGACAAUAUCCUCAACGUCUUCUUCAAGAUGACUCGGAACAUGCCGAUCUAUUCCCAGAUCUUGGUGGAUUCACCGAGUUCCUUCGACUUUACGGAGCUCUGUAUGGUGCAGGACUUGGAGGCUGAAUACUACCAGGAUUGGGAGGCGCUCCCUUGGGCCACCGAGAUCGUGGGCCCAAGGUCGACGACCAGCACCUUAGGCCACGAGGUCAACUGCUCCGUGGAUGAUUGGCAGCGGCCAGCCGACAUUCCAACGGCCGUCGCUCCCUUCACUCGUGCCAUUCUGCAGAUUGGGCGCACGCUCAUCCAAGGAAAGUACUACGCCUUUCAGAUCUACAUCAAGAAUGCUCCAGCCUUCAACCUCACCCAACACGAUGGCUGGCGCUUGUGGCUGCAAAGCCCUGAUGGAUAUAUGGUGGACGGCUCCAAGUACGCAGUUCAAUUCAAUGCAGCACGAGUUGACAGCUUACCCGUUUUGCCUCAUGAUCGGGGUUGGGCCGUCUACCCCAGCGGGAUGAAGCUACCAGUGAACUUCAGCUUUGGUGCGGAGCGAAUCCUGCCAACUGCAGCCUUUGACAUGAGCGCCUUCCUGACCGUCUACCCCUUGGAGCCCACCAGCGAUGGGCUCAUCAACAGCCUGCGGCUGAUUGCACCCCUCGGCUAUGUGUGGAUCCCCUUCGCGCAAGACGGUUGGCUUGGCUACGUGCCCAACGUCACCUGCCGGUACUGCCAGUUGGUGGUGACGCCCCAGGUGAAGUUCCAAAACGAGUUGAUCUUACCGGACCUCGUGAUGCGUGUGGGCCACUCCUUCGGUUUUCGCGUGCGGCUAUGGGUGCCACUACGGCCCCCGACGCGCUCGACGAACGCCUUCUUCUUGGAGAUGGGCUUCGAUCCUGGUCCAGAUCCCAGUGUGCCCUUAGAUCGCAUGCAGGCGGCAGCGAUCCCCGCAGCACCGAUCCGUGUGGUGCACGAUGUCUUCAUCUUUUCGCGCUGCAACCUCGCCGGCUUUGCAGAGAACAUCAUGGAGAUCACCCUGCGCAUCGCUUCCCCCUUGAAGGUCUACGAUGGAUUCCUCUUCGAAGGCUCGGAAGCGACCCGUGGUUUUCUGCUGCGCUGCUGGCCGGAAGUCCUCUCCAACAUGUUGGGCAUCACACCGCAGGAAGGCGCCUGCUUGGUCUUUCAGCAUCCGGUCAACUUGCUGCCCAUGGUGAAGCUUUGGCUGAUCAGUGGCGAGAUGCCCAGCGGCUACUAUGGCUUCCGCUUCAGGGAAGUCACGCUGCCACGCUGGCCGACGAAGGGCUUGGUCUAUUGGCGUCUGGGAACCUUCAGUGAUUUGCACCUGUAUCCCCAGCACAAGAUCUUGGACUACUCCGUGGACACACCCAGCCCACAGAUCUUGUCAUUCCUACCCGAGGCGGGCAUCCUGCGGCCGGGCUACUACGAAGCCCCAGGCUUUGGGCGCGACGAUGCGCCGCUGCGGUGGAACAUCCUCUCCUUCUACUUUCGUGUCGGAGAUCCGCCCGUCUUCCCCGUGAGCACCGAGACGGUGGUUUUGGCCUUGCGCGGUCCUCGAGGCUUUGUUUUUGAAGAGGAUUGCUUUGGGGAGCUCCAUGCCUUUAUGGAGCCACUUCCAGGAGAGACCGCCACCAGGUUCCCCUGCGGAACACUUCCCUUGGCCUCCUGGUGCCCUCGACAUUUGCUCAGCUGGCCGCGGCUUUUGGCACCCGUCCGCUGCUUGGGUGUGGGCCGCACCGCUCGCAUUGAGGUGCCCAACAGCGCCUUCGUAGCGGAGUCCUUGGCCAUCGAAGCACCCAGCUUCGCCGUGGACGGCUUCUAUGGCUUUGAGAUUCAGGUGCGCAACCCGGAGGAGCAGCCGGAAUCCAACUUAUGGGCCUUGGACUUUGGGUAUGAGGCCUCGAAGCCCUUCCUGUCGAUCCGCAUCCAGAGCUUUGAAGCGGAGUCGACCACCUUGCAAUUGGCUUGCACGGUGGCCUCGGUGUUCUGGUGGCCACAGACGCAGCUGUAUCUGCCCUUCCGCAUCGAUUUCCGGCCCCAGACGACGAUCCCAGCCCCUCGCAUGUUGGAGACGCGGCGCUUGCAGAGCGGCAGCGACCCGCUGCUCCCCGAGGCGGAGGAUGGUAGCUUGGUGAUCUUGUGCCCGGAGAACUUCGAUUUCCCGAAGGGCGACUUCGACGUCUGUGUGAACUCGCUGCUGGAGCGGAAAGACCGAGAAGCCUGGGAUCAGGAGGCCUUCUUUUCGCAGAGCGACGUGGUGUGCCGUGUGGGAGAUUUGAAUGGCUUACCUGAAACGGAGGGUGGCAAACCCGAGGGACGAACCAUGGUCUUCUUGUUGACGAACCGGAAGGCGAUCUUGCAAGGCCAGGAUUACACGGUCGAGGGCCGCGUGCGCAACCCCUUGGAACCGACCUCGCCGAGCGCACCGCUCUGGCGCCUCGAGUCCUUUCAACGCUUCAUUGCGACCGGACAGCGGGUACGGCUGGAUUCCUUCCUCCUGCAGGGCCCCGAGGUGACACCCCCCGCCGCGGAGUUCUCCGUCUCCAACCGUGCUGGAGAGUACUAUGGCGGUGUGACGGUGCAUGAAGUCGAGGUCUACAUGGUCUUCCCUGUUGGUGUGGUCACCGGCCAAUCCGUCGUGAUUACCGCGCCUCCGGGUGUGGAGCUUCAAGGGAAUGGGACUGCGAACAGCUCUUCUCAGAAGUGCUUGGACUUCAGGUGGCUGGGCACCUAUCGCCCCCUACGGGUGGAUGCUGAAGCUCUUUGCCACUGCGACCGUUCCAGCUCCGAGGUUGCUUGCUCCUUGCUGAUGAAUGUGUCGCACGUCCCAGUGGAUGGAAAGCCAGUGCUGGAAGAGGGCGAUCCCUUAAGCUUUCGGGUCUCGGUGGUGAAUCCGCGAAUUCCCCGCGCAGCGAUCAGGAACUUCUGGAAGAUGACCCAUUGGUCCGCCGCGCCGGACCGGAGGCCCUUGUCCUCCGCCUUCGCCGAAAGCUGGCCGAUCUAUGGAGAACUGGCGAACUUCACGGUUUGGAUCGCAGGCCACAGGCAACGUGCCAACUCUGAAAGCGAUUUACAGGUGACCUUUACUCCAAGUGUUUGGGGCAAUACCUUGGAGAUCAUCAUCCAUGAGCCGUUGGGUUUUGACUUCUCUCGUGUCAGGCCCGCGGCGCCCUACAUCAAGGAGAUCAGCAGUCAGGGCUCCCGAGUGGUCCUGGUGAAUGGUGACUUCCGGCCGGGUGUCUUGCAGGAGAUCUUUCUGGGUGAAGUGGGUCUAGGUCAAGGAGGCCCCACUCGGAUCAGUGCUCGCCUCUUCAGCGACUUCCGCAUGCAGACCGAAGUCGCCAGGCGGGAGAACAUGCUCAAUGGCUUCGUGCAGCCGGGCAGUGUGACGAUCACCUCGCAGGAGCUCCUGAGCCAAGCUGUGGUGCAGCACUAUGAAGGCGGCAUCUACGACUCUGUCCUACCAUUGCUGCCCUGCUUCGCGCAGCAGCUGUCGCGGAUGGAGUUCUUCUUCCGCCUCUCGCGCUAUGCCACGGCGGGAAAUCUCUUGGUGCUCCGGAACCUGGGUCAAGGCGGGCACAACCACGAGUUCUACUUGGAGGACGGCUUUGAGCCAAUGGUCGAACUAUGCCAUGGCCAAGAUGGAGGUCGGAACGCCAGCUCGACCUCCUGGCAGUGCAGUGACCGGGUGGUGCGCGUGAACUACACGGGGAAGGUCUACACGCGGAACAACUUCGACAUCGUCAACGGCUUCACAGCCACGCUGCUCCGCAUGUCCCCUGACCUUGUCACACAGCCCGAGGCCGUCAGCGAGAUUGCUUAUUUGACCGAUGGACGCGCCUCCCUAGCGCUGGAAGCCAACCGAAACUAUCGGAUUCGGAUGUGGCUCUUACCCACGCUCAUGCAGACACAGUGGUACAUCGCCACGCAGGAAAGCAGCGGUUCCCUGACCAAUACCAACGACGGCGAGAUCAGCGCACCCACCGCGGUCCCGCAGAUGUCGUUGUCCGUCAGCCGCGUGGUGAGCCGAAGCCCACCGAAUGCAGCGAUUUACCUCACAGUCACCGUGAAAGCUGGCGCUGGCCAGUUGCCCUUCUCAAGGCUUUUGCUACUGUUGCCCUACAACUUCAUCCCGGUGGGCAGCCAAGUCCCGAGCACUGGUCGUGCAGUUCUUGAGCUAGAUGUGACCUCCACGAACCCUUUGGAAGAGGAGAUGUCCUACCAGCUGCGAAUGCUGACACCGAGCCGCAGCAAUCUGGAUCCACGCUGGUUCGUGCUGUCAAGGAGUUUGCAAGUCGAUGAAGUCACGGGAGAAGUCUCUGACCAGAUCGUUGGUUGGAGCUUCUACGAGGGUUUCGGCGUGGAACCUUGCCCUGUGACCGCCAGAUAUGGAGCAAUUCCAAGCUACACUGGCUGGUUGGCUUUGACCUUCAAGGUCCCCGAUGCGGCGAAGGGCCGCUUUGCUCUCUUCACGGCGCCGCAAAACUUUCAGAUCCGCUGCCCAGCCAUCAAUCAGGCCAAGCUGCCUUGCGAGCCUUUCCAGCUGGACGAUGGCAUGCCAAACAACAUCCUCAUUCUGCCGGUGGCGCGCACGUUGAACCUCACCUUGGUCUCCAGCACUGCAGAGGGGCAGGACCUGGUCUACGCAGCGAUGCUGAUCAUUGUGACCCCCGAACUUUUGCUGAGCCUUCACCCCUGGCAGCUUAGAGUCUUGGAUCAGGCCUUUACGGUCAUUGACUCCUCCUUGGAGAUCCCCUCUGCUCCCAUGUCUGCCGAGUUGCAGGCCGACAAUCCCACACUACGGUAUCUCACAGCACCUCAGAGGGGUGAAGCAGCGACGGUCGCCAUCCAGGUGAUUUUGAAUCGUCGCAUCCGGACUUUGAGGAUGCUGGUCUUUUUGAUGCCGGAGGGCUACCGCCACGACAUUCAGCAUGCGAAUCAGCUGGCAAAUAUCAACAAGAACUUCCCGGUCGCCAUCGAGCGCGAGUGGCGAGACUCCUCAAACUUGCGCCGGGUCCGCGUGAUCAUCCAGCCGACCACCGUGUCGUCGGGCACCUUCGAAUGGCAGUUCCCGGUGAUCGUGGCCCCAAGCCGACCCAUCAACACCGAGUGGUACGUGUUCUUUUGCAGCGACUACAGCUGCACUGAGAUGAGUGACCCCUCGGUCUUUGUGGUGUUCCCGGUGCCCGACUUCCAAGAGAAGCGCCCGGCCAAGUCCUUUGGGAGCUUGAUGGUGGCCGGCGCGGGCAGGCGUCUCACUGCCGGCUGCUUUGGAUGGCUGUAUCUUGGAUGGCUCUGCUAUCUUGCAGCUUCAUGAAGGUCGGUCCGAGAAAGACGGAGCGUCUUCAGGCCCCCCUGAUCGGAGGAACGUCCGGGCUCUCACACGUCAGAUGCCCAGUAGCUAGGUGCAGAGGGUAUUCUGCAGCAGACUAAGGCACU